CAUGUUUUCAUCUGUUAAUUUGAUGAUGUUGAUGUUGAUCAUUUACCGGCAACUUCCGGAAUCAAUUUAAACCAUUUUAAUCUUUUAUUAUUUCAUCUAAAUUGUUGUAAACAUGAGUUCUAAUGGUGAUCUGAUUGAUAGUGAAGAUAUCGCGUUCAAGUGGAGUAGAAAAGUUCCCUUUCAUAAAGUGGGUGAAAAUGAUACAACUGAUGGUUAUGUUGUUACCCCUCAAACUCGGGAUCUAUUGCGAAGUCAUGUUAAAAGAAUCGGAGGUCAAGUUCGCACUCGAUUCCCACCUGAACCAAACGGGAUUCUUCACAUUGGCCAUGCAAAAGCGAUAAAUAUCAACUUUGGUUAUGCUAAAGCUAAUAAUGGAAUUUGUAUCUUACGUUAUGAUGAUACUAAUCCAGAGAAAGAGGAAGAACGAUUUGUUCGGGAGAUUAGAGAGAUGAUUGAAUGGUUAGGGUACAAACCUUAUAAGAUAACCUAUUCUUCCGAUAAUUUUGACCUUCUCUAUGAGUAUGGCGUUGAAUUGGUUCGCCGUAAUUUAGCUUAUGUUUGCCAUCAAAAACCAGAAGAAUUGAGAGGUUUCGAUCCACCACCAUCACCUUGGAGAGAUCGACCCAUCGAGGAGAGUUUAAAAUUAUUCCAAGAAAUGAAAGAAGGUAAAUUCGGAGAAGGUGAAGCAACUCUAAGGAUGAAAACCACUUUAGGAGAUAGUAAAGUUGAUCCGGUUGCUUAUCGAAUUAAAUUUAAAUCUCAUCACCGAACCGGAGAUAAAUGGUGCAUCUAUCCAACAUAUGAUUUUACUCAUUGUCUUUGUGACUCUAUUGAAGAUAUAACUCAUUCUUUGUGUACAAAAGAGUUUCAAUCUCGACGUGCCUCUUAUUAUUGGUUAUGUAAUUCACUUGACCUUUACUGUCCCGUUCAAUGGGAAUAUUCUCGUCUUAACAUGGCCAAUACUGUUGUCUCUAAGAGGAAAAUUGCCAAACUAAUUGAAGAGAAAAUUGUCAACGAUUGGGAUGAUCCUCGACUUUACACUUUAACUGCUCUUCGUCGACGAGGUUUCCCAUAUCAAGCAAUCAACUCUUUCUGUCUUUCUCUUGGUUUAACUGGAGCUCAAACCAUAACGGAACCUCACAUGUUGGAAGCUCAUGUUCGUGAUUAUCUUAAUAAAUUCGCACCCAGAGCUAUGUGUGUCAUGGAACCUUUAAAAUUAAAAGUUCUCAACUAUGAUCAACACUUUAAAACUAAACCUUCAACUUUAACCGUUGACAAAUUACCAACUAAUCCAGAAUUCGGUAAUCGUUCAAAAGUUUUCGAUGAAUAUGUUUACAUUGAAUUAGACGAUUUCCGUGAAGGUGCCACUCCAAAAGGAUACAAACGAUUGACCAGUGAACAAACUGUUGGCCUUAAAUUCAUUAACAUGGUCGCUUCCGUUGAAAAUGUAAUCAAAUCAGAUGAUGGAACCAUCAAAGAGAUUGAAGUUACUAUUGUUCCCGUUGCUGAGACCAAAAAACCUAAAGCAUUUAUCCAUUGGGUUUCUGCUCCUCGAAAUGUUGAGAUUCGUUUAUAUGAUAAUUUAUUUAUUCACAAGAAUCCUGAAGAUAAAGAUCAAGUUCCUGGUGGUUUCAUUACCGAUAUAAACCCUAAUUCAUUGAAAAUUGUUCCCAAUGCAAUGGUUGAUAUUGAAGGUCCUUAUGAGAAGCUAAAAAAUGAGAAAUAUCAAUUCGAGAGAAUUGGUUACUUUGCCCCGGACCCUGAUUCAACUGAUGAUAAAUUAAUCUUCAAUAGGAUUGUUACCCUUAAAGAAGAUAAAGAUAAAAACACUAAAUAAUUAUCGAUUAAAGUUUUCUGUCAAAUUGAUUUACAAAUAAAAAUCAAUCCAAAUUCAAGAUUCACUUGGAUUCUGAGAAGAAAAAAACCUUUGAUCUCUCAUCUUUUAAUCACCUGUUGAUCCCCAAACAAGAUCAUUAAUUGCAGAAAUUAAAGCACCAA